AAUCAAACAGCAAGUCAUUUACGAAGGGUCAUUCAUGUGUCAAAACCAUUCCAUUCUAGCUCUCUUAACCCCUUUCAGGUCAGAUUUACAACAAACUCCGUCUGCACGAAGCUCAUUAAUCAGCACUUACCAGUAAAACACGCCUGCCCUUUGUCCGGGGCAGGUAUUUGAUCUUAGUUGUUGAACUUUGUGCCGCGGGAGAUCUCAGUCACGGUGGGUACUUCUGUUUACACGGAAACGACAUAUGCAUAAAAUAACGCGGUGAGGCAACUUCUGUUCAGUAGCAGGGCUGACAGGUGGUGAGUGCUUUGGUCAUUUGGUUUCUUCUCUAGAUUGUCAAGACUUAUUCCAGAUCUUCGCAUAGGUUCACGAGGGAAAGCUGACCUACCGAAGUCGAAGACUCCCGUCCGGCACUGUACCUACAAACCGCCAAAGUGGGGCUUCCGAGCGGAUUCACCUGCAGUGGCGUCUCAAUCUCGCCAAGUGGUGUCCCAACCUGAGGAAGACAAACUGUUCAUGAUGGCGUACGGCACGCAGGUGAAGAUGCACAUCUUUCAUGGCGAGGGAGGCCGCAGUACGAGCAGCUCCAUACUGAGGUCUAUCAACCAAACCCCGCGGCUCGGCGGCAAGAAAGUCCGCUUCGCAGAAAUCACCAAUUCCCUGGACAGAGUACAAACCAGAAUCGGCCGUCCUACAACCAGGGGAAAUAAUUUCUUCCGCGCCGACGAAGUCUGGGGGCUUGAGGAGAACAAUAACGACUUCACUAAGGAAGGCGGCCUCCUGCCGAACAUUGAAAACUCGUCCGAUUCAAAAGACAAUUUGGAUGUCGGGCUGCAGAACUCCAGAAAUCUGUUCGGGAUGAAGAGCGGAGAGUAUGAGGAGAGCACCCCGAGUUCGCGUAACCAGGGCGUGUGGCAUAACGUGCCGCCUCCCACUCCACAGAGCUCGCGCAUCACCUACGAUCUGAAGCUGGUGCGUGCGCAGAAGGAGACGAGGACCAGGGAAGGCCUUCCAGGUGUGCUGAUCUCACAGACACACCGGCCUCACCUGGUGACCAAGGACAGGUCGUACGUCAUGGACAGGUGGGCUGAGAAACAAGGUCUUGCACCAGCAGUGCAGAAAGCACCCGUGGUCUACGGCAAGGGUCGGCAGGUCCGUAUGGGAGCGCCCUCUAUGGAACACGAGAUGGUACUGCAGGAAUUAGACGGUGGUGGCCUUCACGAUCACUUAGACAACGGACUCGACGUCGGCACCUCUCGGGAGGUGAACGGAGUGAUGACCGAUAACGCUGCCCCUAGGGAAAACCCCGAUCAGCCCGCGACCAAGAACUUGUACUCCGUGUUCGGGGAUCACGAUGUGGAAAAGACCGACAUGAUUUGCCGCUGGUUGGAAAGGUGUACUUACUUGGACGGCGAGGAGAAAGAGGAGGAAGAGCAGGGAGUAACCACGGAUAUAAUCGUCCUCCCGUCUAUCCUGCAGGACAGGACUUCGUAGUGCCGCCUCGCUAAAUAAAGUAGGAGGAUGAGUUCGCAAUUGAUGUCAGAAAACUUUCGGACGCCGAAAGGGACCAUUGGAGCACUAGAUCCUUACGAAAAUUCGGCCAUCCAUUUCACUAUAUCAUAGUAACGUCACUAUCCUUAUUUGGAGACUUGUUGCUGUAAGCUGCACCGUGUGCAUCGAUCCCUCCAUCGUCUAUCCGUCCAUCCGUCUCAGCAACAUGAAUAACGGAUACGCAUCUGAGGCGUUGCCAAAAAUAAUAUAUUCUUGAUAAUGAAGAGUUAAUGACCGACCUCGUUCAUUCAGUGGAUUUAUUCGGUGGUUAUAGCAAAUGACCAGGCCUUAUGACGAGUCAUUGACCCUUUAAUGUUCGUAGGCACUUUUCCGUAUUCUAUUGGCACCAUACACCAACCCUCUUCAAGGCUCUUGACUGAUCUUGACUUGCAAAGGAAAUUUCAACGCCUUGAGAUUAACCAGACAAUAAUGAUUUUGCAAACGUUGCUUAACUGAGUUGAAGCACGAUGGAAUAACAUCAGAUUUCUUAGUAUUUACUACUACUGUGGAUUUGUUUGUUGUUACUAUAGGAAUGUCAGCAUAAACAAUUGUGUGAGAAUUGUGUCCAUCAUGAGAAGAUUUGAGCAGGACACAGGUGAUUAAAAGUUAUCGGAGACAUGAAA